ACCACCAUGGGAAAAGAGGCAAGACUCAGAGCACCCUGAUGCUGACAUACAGCAGCGUGGCUGUCCAUGCUCCAAAAGACCAGCUUCUUUCCCGAGUAGAGGCAGACAUCACAGGGAACAUCCUUCUCCAUUACAGAGCCAGUUGUCAGGUGCUGGGCAUCACUGUUGAGAACAAGGACAUGUACCUAAAAUUAACCCUCAUCCACAAUGUCAUGGAGAUUAGCUGUGCCAUCCUGGAGACCAGAGACUCCCAGGAGUUUGAAUUCUCUUACAAGCUGGAGCUCCUUGGCUACAUGCUGGACUUCAUUAAAAAGGAACCACUGGAUUCCCUGGCAUCUCCAGUUCGCUACAAGGCAAUUCUUGCCAUUGGACAUCUGAGCAAACUGAAACCAUCUCUGACCUUGGAGGAAAACCGUGAGCUCCUUGAUCAGUGAUUCAAAAGUUUAUUUCCC